UGAAGCGUCAGUAGAUCAAUCUGGGAAGGACCUCUUUCCUCUGGAAUAAUUUAUGCAAGUGUCUGUCAGUGCCGGUGGAGUGGGUUAGUAGGAGUGGCCGAGGGGCUGGCAGCCUGCUUUGCAUGAAUCGUGGACUCCAAGUUAGUGGCUGCAGCUUAGAUAUUUCCUGUCAGCCGCACAGACAGAGCCGAGGCAAGGGCGGAGGAGACGAGGAGAGGGAUGGCAGAGAACAGCUCCGAGACGAGCGGCUCCGUUCACCGGAGAUGUUUGGCCCAUUCUUCGGCGGAGAGAAACAUUUCAUCCGGUGUCGGGGCAUCGAAGUGGAUUCGACUAAACGUCGGGGGCACGUAUUUUUUAACAACGAGACAGACGCUGUGUCGAGAUCCAAAAUCAUUUCUGUACAGACUGAGCCAAGCUGACCCCGAGCUCGACUCAGACAAGGAUGAAACUGGGGCCUAUCUCAUAGACAGAGACCCUACAUACUUUGGGCCAGUGCUUAACUACUUGAGGCAUGGCAAACUGGUGCUCAACAGGGACUUGGCAGAGGAAGGUGUGUUAGAAGAAGCUGAAUUCUACAACAUCACAUCAUUAAUAAAGCUCAUCAAGGACAAGAUCAGGGAACGCGACUGCAAAACCUCACAGGUUCCAGUGAAGCAUGUGUAUCGGGUGCUGCAGUGCCAGGAGGAGGAGCUGACACAGAUGGUGUCUACCAUGUCCGACGGUUGGAAGUUUGAACAGCUUGUCAGUAUAGGUUACGGGCGGGCCCACCAGUCAGAGUUUCUGCUGAUUGUGUCAAGGGAGGUGAAGGGAGAGGAGUCUGCUUUGCCAAACAACAGCGGAGAGCUGGUCAGCAUAGGCUCCUCUUACAACUACGGAAACGAAGACCAAGCCGAGUUCCUGUGUGUAGUCUCCAAGGAGCUGCACAAUCAAUCAUAUGGGACAAACAGUGAGCCCAGUGAGAAGGCUAAGAUUCUUCAGGAAAGGGGUUCGCGGAUGUGAAGAGGACUUAGUAUUAUGAGCUCCAGGUGUUAUGAUGCAAACAUAUCAUCUUUGUGGAAGAACGUUUGGCACAAUGGAGAUUUAAAGGGGGUGUGCAUUUAUUUUGUUGUUGUUUUUUGUUUUUUCCCCUCUCCAUUUUUUUUUUUUAUUUCUUGAUGUUAAUAAGUCUGUUUACUGACAAUUUGUGCCUGUACGUUUAAACUGGACCUUUUGAAUUAGCGGCAAGUUUUUUUCUUUUCGAAUUGAAAGUAAGGAAUUGCAAUCUACAAAUGUUUUAUGCUAGAAAAUAUGGCCGUCAUCAUAUAAGGCCAAUGAUUCACUCAGGGUCACCGAUUGAAUUAACUAUAUCCUCAAACUCAAGGGUCUGGUAAGGGAUCAGUAUGGUCUUUAUAACUCAAAACUAUCAACUCAAAAUCAUUGUUUAACGAUGUUAAGAAGGGAAUUGUGCAUUUAUUUAGCGCAUGUUAAAGAGUUAGGCUAUUAAAUGUGAAAUUCACCCAAAAAACAAAUCGAUGUUUUUCCAAAGAUUUCAAACCGUUACACUGAGAUUUGUGAUCAUGAGGAUCCCAACUAUACAUCACACAUUUUGUCAGAUAUAGAUGAGGUGGCAUUUUACUUUCAUUUAAAAUAUUUUUUCAAUUACUUUUCGUGGUCAAAAAAGGAACAAAAACCUCACUAUGAUUUGACUGUGUAGGUUAAGGGGCAUUAGGUAAUUGAUAUCCUACAGGGCUUUUAUUGGUGAUGAGCAAAAGAUCUGUAAAGAAGAGAAGAAGGUCCUAUUUUUGUGCAAGAUUCACUUUCUUGGCUUGAGAAGUAAAUGUGUUGCUACUGUAGCUUCUUGUGGCACCAUGUACUCUAUCUUGAAAUCUUAGUAAUCCAAUUACCCACUGAUAUAAUUAUAAGUAUAAUAAUAAGUAAUUAUUAAAUUUUCAGAAAGUCCACUUACCUGUAUUAUAAGGACGGAACUUUUUAGUAUUGGAGACACAUUUAACCACACACGUUAAUUUAAAAUAUUUCAAAUUAAUAUUUCUAGAGCUUCUGCAAACGUGGAAUUUUAGUAGUUUAAAGAACUAAAAAUUUGCUCUCUAAAUGUUGUAAAGUGCAGCUUUAUAUCAAGUUUAAUCUCAAACAUUUUUCUGACCUUGUAGUUUAGUUUGAGACCUCAUGUUCAUAAAUCUAAAGCUAACUACAAAAAAAAAAUCAAAGGUGUUUCAAAAAUGAAUUCAAUUUUAUAUUGAUAAUAUUUUUUAAACGUCAAUGUCUUCCAAUGAUGUCCUGUUUCCUGUCAGGAAAAACAUCCUUGAGACAAUGGCUUUUUUUUUUUUUUUUUUCUCCCCCCUACUGACUUCUGAGUUUUCCUUAAGUUGUUUAUUUUGUAUGUUUGAGGGAACAUUUUGUUUCAGAUCCUUUUUAAGGGGAAAUAAUUGUUGUGUUUGACGUUUGGGGACUGGAACUGAUUGAAGGCAGUGGUGAAGGACUUUCUGUUCAUAUCCAGAGGAUUUUGUUUUGAUGUAAAUAAUCCAAAUUCAAUAUUAAUAUUUAACUCUUAAGAAAAACUGCACGUUUUGUACACUGUAUAGAAAACACAACUUCGAAUGGAAGUUGUUUAUACUGGAUCUUCAAAAAUUAGAAUGACAAUGUUAACUUCUGUUUUGCAUUGUUUGUACAGGACUAGAGAUUUCUGAGUUAGGGUUGAAACAGUUGAUGCUGAAUACGGUGUCUUUCACUGACAACAUGCCUGGAACAUGUUUUGAUAACCAAUAACAAAGCUAUACUUGGCUGGCUAUGAAGUUGACUGUUACAUUUAAAAACAAAUGUAUUUUUUCCUGCAGUGUGAUAGAUUCUUCUGAGCAUUUUGAAUUGUGUAGAUUUCGUACACAGCAUUACAAGCACUACAGUGGAAAAAAGAAACACUGUGCACAUUGCUUACAACCUGUAAUGUUGUUGAUGUAAAUACUGCAUUUUAGAACACUUUUUUUAUAGAAAGUUGUUUUCAGGUUUGAUGUGUGGUUUUUGAUAGGUUGGAUAUUUCAUUCACAAAUAAUAAUUUAGUGUUGCCUUUUUCCCAAUGACCAAAAUCCAAUGUCUUAUGUGUAUUGUACACAUUGUUUUUAGUGUCAGGGAUCAGUAAACUUUUCUUAAUGCUGGCACACUUUGUACAUAUACUUGUUAACGACACACAAAUCUCCAUUUACUCACAUGUACACGUAUAAACUUGACUAAAACAAUUUUUAUAUCGUUGGGGAAACAAGUGUGGAUGCAUGUUUUUGAUGAUGCUUUUGACACACACACACACACACACACACACACACACACACACACACACACAAGGGCUUUUAAAGUGCAAAAUUUGAGAUCUGCAAAGAGGUUCAAUCAAAGUAGACUGGAUUUCCUGCCAGAGCUAGGCUAUGUUUACAUUUGCUAUAGUAUUUUGAAGCCUUCCAAUUAUGUACUGUCUUGCACUCUCUCACACACGUUAACAUACAUCUGACUUGCGUGAAAGCACCAGGGCGUAACUAGCGCUCCCCACUCCACAUGAACUGAUACUCACAGAUGUUCACAGAUACUCCAUCCAUUUCUGAAAGCCUAUGCUUGAGCGUUGCAGACAAUCUUGCUUUCUGCCCUCUCUGUUGGCAGAGUUGCUCACUUUUAAUAGGAUGAAACUUUACCUGUGUUGGUUCAGCGCUAAGGUUUAUCUGGGUCUUCUUUUGAGUUUUUUUUUUCUGCAAUGAGAUUUAAAGUGUUUUGUGUUUGAUUUGAUUGGUUCAGUUUUAACCUCAUUUUGACAAAGGGGUGUUUAACCCCUGUUCUUUCGCAGCUACAUUACCGUUAAAGCCCUUCACAAACAGGUUGUCCGGAUGAGCAUUUGGCAUUGAUAAUCAUUUCAUGUGAUGGAAAAACUUAUCAAAUUUGUAGCUUAAUGCUUUUAAGUGCCCAGAUUUUUUUGCAUUCAAGUUAUAAACCACAGACCACUGUAAUGCAUGAUUGAAGAUGAUCACACUUGUAAUCCGAGGGAAUGAAUGUGUCAUUUUUCCUCAAUCUAACAGUUACAUCGAUGAAUAAGGUUCUCAUAUCACUACAUACAUCACUUCUGUAUGAUCUUAUGCAAUGUUAAAAAUGUACAAACUAAGUAUGAGGUUAAGGGGAUAGAUCAAUAUGGUCUUGCAUAAGGUAAA